UAUGUAAUAACCUAAUGAUGACUAGAUUCCAUUGAAUAUACCAAUAGAGUAGUAUUAAUUACCUGAAUAACUUGAUGGUAUAAAAAUAAUGUUAUUCAAAGAAUUUGGCUAACCUGUAAUGUUCAAAUGUAGUACUUGUGGAGUUUAAGCUGUUUCUAUAUUACAACAUAAACCAGGAACUCAUACUUGGUUAUGCUGUGUUACCCUUUGUAUUUUUGGAGCAUUUUUAGCAUUCUUACCAUUUUAUAUGAAAGAUUGUUAAGAUGUUACACAUGUAUGUCCAGCAUGCAGUCAACCUGUAUUAUUAUUGAGAAUAUAUAAUAGAAAGGAGUUAGACAAUUUAAAGCAUGUUGAU